UAACCCUUUCUUGCUAAUUUUUAUAAAUGGCUGCUAUGAAGCAGUUUCAGGCCUUAAUGAAAGAUAAAAAGUUAUGGAGACCUGUCAGUCUACUGGUCGUAGUAUUACCAAUGACUCUAUUGCUCUUUUACUGGUGCCAUGUCUCUGACAGUUUAGCACUGACAUCUUUCACCUACUUGGCACUGUUUAACAUUGGAGUACUAAUAGUGCAUAUUGUGUCAGUAUGGGCCUCCAGGCAAGUCCCUAAUAAUGAAUUCAAUUAUGGGUAUGAGAGAGUUAAUGUGCUGGCAGUUUUUAGUGUAUCUAUUAUAAUGAUACUCUGCGGUGUGGUAUUAGUAAAGCAUAGCCUUGAGAGACUUUUUGAUCCACCUGCCGUAACAAUGAACAAUUUAUUCUUAGGAUUAGGCGUUGGUCUCUUCAUACACUACUCUGUGUUAAUACUAAUGGACAAUCAGCCAUUGUUACAUGCUGCUGAAGUGGCCACACCCAAUUGGUUACAGAAUGCUCUAGGUGAUUUGGGACAGAGUGUAUGCGGCCUUUCCCCACCUCUCGGUCGCCUCUUACUCUAUAGACUUAAUCCUUUCUCUUUAAUGGCUGUUGGCUGCUCUAUAUCUGUCCUUACCGCUAAGGUUCUCAUCGACUUAGAUGACUUGCAUCUCGCUGAUGUUACGGCGGCCAUUUUUAAUAGUGCUCUUAUAUGUGGCACAAUGCUACCAUUGAGUAUCUAUACUGGUAAACUACUCCUUCAGACUGCUCCAGAGCACAUUUUACCAUUACUUGACAAAUCAAUGAAAGAAGCCUCUACUAUGGAUGGAGUACUAGAAAUAAAAAAUGAACAUUUUUGGACUGUAACGUUUGGGAGCUAUGUUGGAUCCUUACAGGUUCGUGUUAGAAGGGAUGCUGAUGAACAGGAAGUUUUGAAGAAAGUCACAUCAUGCUUGUCCAGUCAACUCAAUGACUUAACUAUACAAGUUGUUAAGGAUGACUGGAACAUUCCACUCUCACUCUCUCGUCCAUCACCGACUCCAUCGAGAACUGCUAAUGUGCAUGGAUCAAGCCAACAGCAAGGAGGAUACGUCUCUUGAUGAGAAAAUUAUUAUUUAAAAGAUUGGGGGGAAAAUGAUAACUCAAACCAUCCAUCAGGUUUAUUCUAAACAAGCAUACUUUUAAAAAAAUUGGUACAGACUACAGAGCGGUUGCAUUUUUUCUGUUACAUAUCCAAUAGUUCAUCAA